GAGGACCUGUGUCCUCUUCCACUGAGAGUCUUCUUCACCUUAUGUUUGUUUCCCAGCCUCCCUACACAGGCCCCUCUACCCAGCUAGGAUGGCAGGUGGUGCCACCCCAUGCCCGGAUGGAAGCAGGACAAAGUCUGUGACCUGCCUGCCCCUUGCCCCUCCCCACCCCCCUACUGGCCUUUUGUAGAGUUGCAGUCCUGAGCACAGGUUCUGGAUGGGAGAGAGAAAGCAGCUUAAUCCCCCAGGCUUCCCAGGACCUGGACACAUUUGAAACCUGCCUGGGACAGUGUGGCUGGGCUGGCUACUGUAGUGUGUGCUGUGCCUUCCUGACACCUUUUUACCUAGGAGGAGGGGACCGGAGACUACAGCCAGGCCUGUGCUCCACCCACAGUCGGGGAAACUGUCCUGAAGUGUCCUCUCCUCUGUUGCCAAAUGCCCCCUCCUGGAGAGAUUGCAGCACAGCCUCUCCUGCCUCUUCUCAGCCCAGGGGCUUUCAGAUUCAGUUCAGCCCCCGACAAGGGUGUUUGAAGGAGCAACCUCCCAACCACAGGUUGGACAGGGGCUUCAGGGCUGUCCUAGUACAGCUGCAUGGAAUGUCGCCUGUAGGGUGGAGCAGGCUGAAGCAUCAACUAGGGAAACGCCUCUCAGGAGACACCGCCCUGAGCCAGCCCCGCCCUAGCCCAGGUCUGGGACCUAGUCAGAGAACCUCCAGCCACGGGGCAGCAGAGGCAAGGGCAGAGCCGGCCACCAUGACGACACAUCUCUCCCACCAGCAAGGGCGCCCUCCACUCUUGCGCCAGGCCAUCAAGAUAAGGCGCCGAAGGGUCAGAGACCUGCAGGAUCCCCUGCCCCAAACCACCCAGGAGGUUGAAGCUCAGCCCCACCACUUCUCCCCCGAAGAGCGGGACCUGCUGUAUGAAGAGGCCCUGUACACUGUCCUGCACCGCCUGGGUCAGCCAGAGCCCAACCAUGUGAAGGAGGCCUCAGAGCUGCUGUGGUAUCUGCAGGAGGCCUUCCAGGUGCAGCCUGAGGAGCACCAACGGAUGUUGCAGCGUGUCAGAGAGCUUGAGAAGCCCAUAUUUUGUCUGAAGGCAACAGUGAAACAGGCCAAAGGCAUUUUGGGCAAGGAUGUCAGUGGAUUCAGUGAUCCCUACUGCCUGCUGGGCAUUGAGCAGGGGGUUGGUGUAUCAGGGGGCAGCCCUGGGUCCCGCCGUCGGCAGAAGGCUGUGGUGAGGCACACCAUUCCUGAAGAGCAGACCCACCGCACCCAAGUCAUCAGCCAGACACUGAAUCCCGUCUGGGAUGAGACCUUUAUCUUAGAGUUUGAAGACAUAACCAAUGCAAGCUUUCACCUGGACAUGUGGGACCUGGACACUGUGGAGUCUGUCAGACAAAAGCUUGGGGAGCUCACAGAUCUGCACGGGCUCCGAAGGAUCUUUAAAGAAGCUCGGAAGGACAAAGGCCAGGAUGACUUUCUGGGGAACGUGGUUCUGAGGUUGCAGGACCUGCGCUGCCGAGAGGAUCAUUGGUACCCGCUAGAGCCCUGCACUGAGACCUACCCAGACCGUGGCCAGUGCCACCUCCAGUUCCAGUUCAUUCACAAGCGGAGAGCCACUGUGGCCAGCCGCUCCCAGCCCAGCUACACUGUACACCUCCACCUUCUGCAGCAGCUGGUGUCCCAUGAGGUCACCCAGCACCAGGCAGGCAGUACCUCCUGGGACGCAUCACUGAGUGCCCAGGCAACAACCAUCCUCUUUCUCCAUGCAACACAGAAGGAUCUGUCCGACUUCCACCAGUCUAUGGCGCAGUGGCUGGCCUACAGCCGCCUCUACCAGAGUCUGGAGUUCCCCAGCAGCUGCCUCCUACAUCCUAUCACUAGCAUCGAGUACCAGUGGAUACAGGGCCGACUCAAGGCAGAACAGCGGGAGGAACUGGCCACCUCGUUUACCUCCUUGCUGGCCUAUGGCCUCUCCCUCAUCCGGAAGUUCCGCUCCGUCUUUCCCCUCUCUGUCUCUGACUCUCCGGCCCGGCUGCAGUCUCUCCUUAGAGUCUUGGUACAGAUGUGCAAGAUGAAGGCCUUUGGAGAACUGUGCCCAAACAGUGCCCCGCUGUCCCAGCUGGUUUCUGAGGCUCUGCGGACUGGCACAGUUGAAUGGUUUCACCUGAAACAGCAGCACCAUCAGCCCAUGGUGCAGGGUAUCCUGGAGGCAGGGAAGGCAUUGCUAAGCCUGGUACAAGACAUUAUGGGUGACUUGCACCAGUGCCGUCGCACGUGGAACAAGGUCUUUCACAAUGCCCUCAAGAUAGACCUCUUCUCCAUGGCCUUCCUGGAACUGCAGUGGCUGGUGGCCAAGCGGGUACAGGACCACACAGUGGCAGUGGGCAGCCUGGUGUCUCCAGAGAUGGGUGAGAGUCUAUUCCAGCUCUAUGUCAGCCUCAAGGAGCUCUGCCAGCUGGGCCCAGCCCCCUCAGACAGUGAUGGACCCCUGGCCCUGGAUGGUUUCCACCGCUGGUUCCAGCCAGCCAUCCCCUCCUGGCUGCAGAAGACCUACAGUGUUGCCCUGGAGCGGGUGCAGCGUGCUGUACAGAUGGACACGCUGGUGCCCCUGGGUGAACUGACCAAGCACAGUACUUCUGCUGUGGAUCUGUCCACUUGCUUUGCCCAGAUCAGCCACACUGCCCGGCAGCUGGACUGGCCAGACCCAGAGGAGGCCUUCAUGAUCACUGUCAAGUUUGUGGAGGACACCUGCCGACUGGCCUUGGUAUACUGUAGCCUUAUAAAAGCCCGGGCCCGAGAACUUUCUGCAGGCCAGAAAGACCAGGGCCAGGCAGCCAACAUGCUGUGUGUUGUGGUGAAUGACAUGGAACAACUGCGGCUGAUCAUUGGCAAGCUGCCCACUCAGCUGGCAUGGGAGGCCUUGGAGCAGCGGGUCGGGGCCGUGCUAGAGCAGGGGCAGCUGCAGAAUACACUACAUGCUCAACUACAGGGCGCACUGGCUGGGCUGAGCCACGAGAUCCGUACCGGUGUCCGUACCCUGGCUGAGCAGCUGGAGGUGGGCAUUGCCACACACAUCCAGAAACUCAUGGGUGUCAAGGAGUCCGUUCUACCUGAGGAUGCCAUUCUGCCCCUGAUGAAGUUCUUGGAGGUGGAGCUUUGCUACAUGAACACCAACCUGGUUCAGGAGAACUUCAGCAGCCUUCUGACCCUGCUGUGGACCCACACACUCACGGUGCUGGUGGAGGUGGCCACUUCCCAGCGAAACUCGUCCCUGGCCUCUAGCAGGCUGAAGGUUGCCCUGCAGAACCUGGAGAUCUGCUUCCAUGCCAGGGGUUUUGGUCUGCCACCAGAGGCCCUGCACACGGCUACCUUCCAGGCUCUGCAGAGGGACUUGGAGCUGCAGGCAGCCUCCAGCCGGGAGCUCAUCCAGAAGUAUUUUUGUAGCCGAAUCCAGCAGCAGGCUGAAACUACCUCCGAGCAUCUGGGGGCAGUCACCGUCAAAGUCUCCUACCGUGCCUCUGAGCAGAAGCUGCGCGUGGAGCUGCUCAGCGCCUCCAGCCUGCUACCUCUGGACUCCAAUGGUUCCAGUGACCCUUUUGUUCAGCUGACAUUGGAGCCCAGGCAUGAGUUUCCAGAGCUGGCCCCCCGUGAGACCCAGAAACACAAGAAAGACCUUCACCCACUGUUUGAUGAGACCUUUGAAUUCCUGGUGCCUGCUGAACCAUGCCAAAAGGAUGGAGCAUGCCUCCUGCUCACUGUGCUAGACCAUGACACGCUGGGAACGGAUGACCUGGAAGGGGAAGCCUUUCUGCCUCUGUGUGAGGUGCCUGGACUGACAGGCUAUGAGGAGCCUGGGGAGGCACCUCAAACUCGCCUGCCUCUCACGUACCCUGCGCCGAAUGGGGAUCCAAUCCUGCAGCUGUUGGAGAGCCGGAAGGGUGACCGUGAGGCCCAGGCCUUUGUGAAGCUGCGGAGGCAGCGAGCCAAGCAGGCUUCCCAGCAUGCCCUACAGUCAGGGCGGUAGCAGUGGAGGCUGGAGUCCUGAAAGGCUGGGGUCUUCCUUGCCACAGGGAAGCCCUCCAGCCUGGUGGAACACUCAGGGAGCACGAGGAGGUGCACUGCCCAGAGUGUGGGACCUUCAGGAGUCUUGGCAGACCAGCCCUUGGUAAUGGGGCACUGUGACUAGUAUUUAUCCUUUCUUUGCCCUCCGAGUUUUGUCUUGACCUCAGUGUUCCCUGCCAUGUCCCUGCUCCCCCAUCUGCCUUCUGGAACUGCUGGUUCUGUCUACUGACAUGGGGCCCUGGGGUGGGACUAGGACUGCAGACACAGACUCCACAGGGAGAGAGGACCCUAUCAAAGCUGCCCUGGGGAGGUAGGGGUGGCAAUUACUAGAGGGAGUGGAGAAGGAUGUUGGCUCUGAGGUGAGAGCUGGCAGGCAACAGGGCAGACAGAUAGCAACAGAAAGGACAGUUUGUCUGUGCUGAGAACACUUCCUCCCUCAGAUGGAACCUGCCACCUAGAAAUGUUCUAAGUGAAUAAAAAAAACAUUAUCCACUGUCCUCAUCUAUAUUUGGCUUACAGUGGGCCCAGGAAGACUUGCUAGGAUCUGUACACCACCUCCCCCCAGCAGACACUGACUGCCCCUGGGCCACAGAGCCAGAGAGGUAGUAGGGGAAACUGACACAAGAGCAAGGGGCCUGGGGCAGUCAGUAUUACAUGUGUUUGGCCAUGACUUACAGUGUAUGAUUAUGUGCCACAGUAUUCAUGUGACAGUUAGAGGACAAUUUUAAAGGAGUUGGGUCUGUCCUUCCCCUAUGGGUUCUGGGGCUCAAACUCAGGCUGUCAGACUUGUGCAGCAAGCACGUUUACCUGCUGAGACACCUGGCUGGCCCUUAGCCAUAGCUUUGAACACGUUAUCUGGCACCUCAGUUACCGUGGUCAGUGCCUAGAACAGGGACCUUGUAUGGGGGGGGGACACCAUGAGGCUGCAUGGCUGCUCUGGACAGCAGGAGAGCAGCCCUAUUUGUGUAUAGGGUCUCUUCUAUACUGCAGUCACAGCCUCGGGCCUGGCAGUCUUCAAGUGUAACCCCAGUAAAGUUAAAUAACCUGAACCUGCACAAGCUGGCAGGUGAAAGGUGGCAGCUCUAGCUCUGAGGUCAGAAGGAGCCUCCACUUGCAUGUUUUCUCAUCCUCGGGACCCAGGAGCAUGAGAAGCAGGGCAGAGGGGAUGGAGGCAGGAGGAAGGCAGGGCACUUCAACAAAUCCACCCCCCUUUCUUUCUGUUUCUAUGCAAACUACCUAGAACAGGAAUACCUGUCUGUUCCUUUGAGAAAACAUCAAUAAAAACCAGUCAGAGCUGGACAGAGAGCACUGAAC